AUGGCUAUUUACUCCCAAAAUGAGGCUCUGAUGUGCAAAGUUUUCCCGUCCAACUUGGGGCCAGUGGCGAUGAGAUGGUUCAACAGCCUGAAAGCAAAUUCCAUAGGCUCUUAUAAGCAGCUCACUCAGACUUUUUGCUCUCGCUUUAUUACAAAUAGCAUGGUCCCUCGACCCCUGAGUUCAUUAUUAUCCUUAUCUAUGCACGAGGGAGAGACCCUAAAGACGUAUUCGGAUAGGUAUUGGGAGAUGUAUAAUGAGAUGGAUGAAAACCACGAUGAUGUCGCAAUCAACACAUUCAAAAGCGGUCUCCUCUCCGAGCAUGGCUUAAGGAAAUCUUUAACUGGUAAACCCGUUGCCAACGUUCGUCAGUUGAUGGAUAGGAUUGGCAAGUACAAAAGGGUGGAGGAAGACCAGUUACAAGGGAAAGGAAAGGAGAAGAUCAUUCCCCCCAAAGGGAAUGAUUAUAGGUCGAAAUGA